CAGCUGAGGGAUGGAUGGUUAGCUUCUACUGUAUGUGACACGUAGACCGAGCUCUCCAGCACCGCUAAACCGGUAAGAGUCUUCUGGAGAGGCUAAAUUUAAGCUAGACACGGUCUGGAGGCUAAAAACAGCCAUAAAGAAACAGGGAGACAAACAAUGCUGUUCAUUUGAAUGGUGAACGCCGUGCUGUGUUGUAUAGUGAGGAGGGCGUGACGUCACCAGCUCCCUGGUUCUGGUCAACAGCUCGGCCGUUGUGAGGAGAGAGAGGGAGACGGCGGAGGAAAACACGGAGAAAGAACGCAGAAAGACGGGGGAAAUCGGGGAAAACAGGCAAGCCUGGGGACGGAAAAGUAAGACCAGGCUCUUUCCCUUUCAGUAUCCGCCCGUUUUGAGCCGUUCUCGGCGUUUUAGAAGGAGUUUAACUGCGCCCGCCCGGAGCUUCGAAUCUAGGGCACGUCAGUAGCGGCGAAGGGACUCGAGGCAAGCCGGGAAAAUGGAGCUGGAGGACGGCGUGGUGUACCAGGACGACACGGGCACGGCGGCUAUGAUGUCCGAGCGGGUGUCGGGCCUGGCCAGCUCCAUCUACCGCGAGUUCGAGCGCCUCAUCGGCAAGUACGACGAGGACGUGGUGAAGGAGCUGAUGCCGUUGGUAGUGGCCGUGCUGGAGAACCUGGACUCGGUGUUCGCGGAGAACCAGGAGCACGAAGUGGAGCUGGAGCUGCUGAAGGAGGACAACGAGCAGCUCAUCACGCAGUACGAGCGGGAGAAAGCGCUGAGGAAACACGCGGAGGAGAAGUUUAUAGAGUUUGAAGACUCUCAGGAGCAGGAGAAGAAGGACCUACAGAACAACGUGGAGAGAAUGAACUCCAAUUCACGGCAGCUUGAGCUGAAGAUCAAGAACUACGCUGACCAGAUAAGCCGCUUGGAGGAGCGGGAAGCAGAACUCAAGAAAGAAUACAACUCUCUCCAUCAGCGACACACAGAGAUGAUUCAUAACUACAUGGAGCAUGUAGAGCGUAUUAAACUGCAGCAGAUCAGCGGAGGAGAGGCUUCAGACUCUGGAACUCUCGGUCGAGUCAGGAAAGAGCGGCCCCUCUCGCUGGGCAUCUUCCCCAUGUCCGGUGGUGGUGGAAAUAACGCCCUGACUCCAGAAAUCUUGGGACGGGCAGAGACUCCAGGAACAGAAGGCUGGAGAUUUAAUGAUCUCAGUCAGCCGCGAUCCAACACCAGCCUCAAGCUGGAGGCGGAGGACCCACCGCAGAAAGGCCAGGGUAAAAGCGGGCAGGAGGCUUGGGAGAAUUCGCUGGCAGACGACUGCAAGGACGAGCUCUCGGGCUCCAGGUCCAUCACGCCCAUGUCCACCACAGCGUCUGACCUGGCUCUGGACUCUCACAGGGAGGACGGUGACGGCUGCAGCAGGAGCGCUGAGGUGCAGGCCGCUCCGGGUACACGCACCAUCUCUGUGGGUUUGGUGGAGAAUGAGGAUAAGUCGGAUGUACAAGCUAUUAUUGAUUCUACUCCAGAGCUCCAUCUGGAACUCAGCGGCUACCGAGGGUCCAGCACACCGAAUAAAGGCAUCGAGAACAAGGCUUUUAACAGGAACACAGACUCUCUGUUUGAGGAGUUGUCCUCUGCAGGCAGUGGGCUCAUUGGAGAUGUGGAUGAAGGAGCUGAUCUACUGGUGGAGUACUCUGGUAUGGGCCGCGAAGUGGAGAAUCUCAUUCUGGAGAACACACAGCUUCUGGAGACAAAGAACGCGCUGAACGUGGUGAAGAAUGACCUGAUUGUCCGUGUGGAUGAGCUCAGUUCUGAGAAGGAGGUUCUUCAGGGGGAGCUGGACUCAGUCCUGCAGACCAAGGCUAAGCUGGAGGAGAAGAACAAAGAGCUGGAGGAGGAGCUGAAGAAAGUUCGAGUUGAAAUGGAGGAGGUCAAACAGAAGAGCAAAGAUGAAGAUGAGAGUGACGUGCCCACGGCUCAGAGACGGCGCUUCACGCGGGUGGAGAUGGCGCGGGUGCUGAUGGAGAGGAACCAGUAUAAGGAGAGACUGAUGGAGCUGCAGGAAGCUGUGCGGUGGACUGAGAUGAUCCGAGCUUCCAGAGAAAACCCUGCUCUCACUGAGAAGAAGAAGUCCAGCAUCUGGCAGUUCUUCAGCCGCCUGUUCAGCUCCUCGUCCUCCAGCAGCAGCAGCAGCAGUGCGGUGAAGGCCUCCCCCUCCAACGUGAGGUACAACCCACCCAGCGGCAUGAGGAAGAGCAGCACCUUCUCCCAGUUCCCCACCGAGAGAUCCAAAGCCUUCGACUUCCUCAAAGAAGAUGUGGACCCGUGCAGUUCUCCGUCCCGUAGAGAGCAGAAGAAGGCUCAGUACCAGCAGGUUAAAGCUCACGUGCAGAAGGAGGACGGGAGGAUGACGGCUCACGGCUGGAGUUUACCCAGCAAGUACAAGGUAGCAAAUGGUGGGCAAACGGAGAGCAAGAUGAAGAACUUACCUGUGCCCGUGUAUCUAAGACCACUGGAACAGAAAGAUGCUUCUAUGAAGCUGUGGUGUGCAGCGGGGGUUAAUCUCUCAGGUGGUCGGCUGCGUGAAGCAGGAUCGGGCGUGUUUCCUGACAGCUCUGUGACCGAGAGCGAAAGUUCAAAACAGAGGAAAGGCUCUCAGAGCAGCCUGGACCAGGUGGAGCAGGACACCAAGGAGCAGGAGCGGGAGCCGCUGCAGGUGGAGAUGUCCAGCCGGGUUUGGAUCUGCACCAGCACCCACUCCUCCACCAAGGUCAUGAUCCUGGACGCCACACAGCCCUCCGAGCUGCUGGACAGCUUCUACGUCUGCAACUCACAUGUGCUGUGUAUCGCCAGUGUUCCAGGAGUCCUGGAGACGGAUUACCCUGCUGGAGAAGAAGUUCCUCAGGACUCGGAGCCGGGGCUUGAAGGCUCUUUGACGGGCAGCGUGGCCAGUAACAGUUCACAGGGCAGCGAAGGAGCGCUAAGCGGCAUCUCAGCAGUGGGAUGCACAGAGGAGGGGCCGGGUUCUGGCAGCACAGGGACCAAUGAGCUUCCGGCAGAGCUCAGCCCUGUCAGGGGUAGAGUGGACUUUUCGAGAGAACCCAGCCCCAGUGAAGAUGGAGUCCCCACAGCGGAGGAAGCCACCGAGGCCACUGAGGAAGGGGAGGAGGGCGUGGGCACGGAUGCCAGUCAGCCUGGCAUGUACACAGAGCACGUGUUCACAGAUCCAUUGGGAGCAGGACCCACUGAAACCACCGCUUCCACAGAUAGUAGUACAAGGGAGUCAGGUCAGGAGAGAGAUGGGAUGGCGUCUCCAGGCAGUGAGCAGGACCAGGCUGGGGAAGAGAUGCAGAGGAUGAGCAGCACUCUGCCCACUAUGUGGCUGGGAGCCCAAAAUGGCUGCUUGUAUGUGCACUCGUCUGUGGCCAGGUGGAGGAAGUGCCUCCAUGCAGUGAAGCUGAAGGACUCCAUUCUCAAUAUAGUUCAUGUUAAAGGGCGAGUUCUGGUGGCGUCAGCUGAUGGUACACUAGCAAUCUUCCACAGAGGUCAAGACAGCCAGUGGGAUUUAACCAACUACCACCUGCUGGACCUGGGCCGGCCUCACCAUUCCAUCCGCUGCAUGACGGUGGUGCAUGAUAAAGUGUGGUGCGGCUACAGGAACAAGAUCUACGUCAUCCAGCCCAAAGCUAUGAAGAUAGAGAAAUCCUUUGACGCUCACCCGCGGAAGGAGAGUCAGGUGCGUCAGCUGGCCUGGGUGGGAGAUGGUAUCUGGGUGUCUAUUCGUCUGGACUCCACCCUGCGUCUCUUCCACGCCCACACGUUCCAGCACCUCCAAGACGUGGACAUUGAGCCCUACGUCAGCAAGAUGCUGGGCACAGGCAGGCUGGGCUUCUCCUUCGUAAGGAUCACAGCUCUCAUGGUCUCCUGUAACCGGCUGUGGGUUGGAACAGGAAACGGUGUCAUCAUUUCCAUCCCCCUAUCAGAGUCUGUGGGUCUGCAGCAUGGACUCCUCAGGUUGAGGGCUAAUAAGAGUGUGGGGGCUAUAGCUAGCCGACCGGGCGGGGCGGUACGAGUGUUCGGGGACGAGAGUUCGGACACUGGGACCGCGGGCUCCUAUGUGCCCUACUGCUCCAUGGCCCACGCCCAGCUCUGCUUCCAUGGCCACAAAGAUGCUGUGAAGUUCUUCGCUGCAGUAUCAGGUCAAGCAGCAGCACCUGACAGCAUGACCCAAGACUCAGAAGCUCCUUCUUCCAGCAGUCCAUCACAUGAGCAGCAGUCCAGAUUCAUGCUGGUCAUGAGUGGAGGAGAGGGCUACAUUGACUUCAGGAUGGGUGAUGAAGACGGAGGCGGAGCGGCCGGAGACGAUGAGCCACUGGAGCCCACAAUCAAGCUGCAGUCAGCUCCCGCCAAACCCGAGCGCAGCCACAUCAUCGUCUGGCAGGUUGCUGUCGGCGACGAGUGACCGUCCAAUCACUGCCUCAGGUUCAACAGAGAGCUCCGCCCCCUUAAGCAACCCAGCUUGGGCCUCCACUACAGAGUUAUUUUAAUUUCACUUAUUAUUAUUAUUAUUAUGAUUAUUACGAUUCCUGUUAUUAUUAGUCUUCGACUUACAGUGAGCCACACUGAUGUAGGUGAUACUUUUAUAUUUAUACAUUUCUUUGAGGUCAUCAUUUUCUAGGAAUCUUUCUAGGAAUAUCUGUUCACGACGAGGCAUGAAGGGAAACUGAGAAGGAGGAUUGAAGACAGGAAAUGAAGGAAAUGUAAAAAUGUCAGGGAAUAUAAAGGGAGCAGAUGAAUCCGUCCAGGAUCUUAAGCGGUCCGUCCAAAUAAUGUCCUGUACUCUACUGGAGUACUGAAACUCACGGAACAGUGAAGGAACCACAUGAUUGCUUUUAUCAUUUUACACCAUGACCAAGUAUAUUAUUAGCACACAUUAUACUGUAUAAGGGAUUAUACUGUAAUUCAGGUUGAAUUUAUAUGCUGUGUUGUUUUGUUGAUUCGGAUUAGGCAUUAUGGAGGACUAGGCACUGAGCAGGCCACUAUCUGGCGCUAUGACUGUACUGUGGUAGAUUAUUCUAGAGCAUCAGAAAGCUGUUUUUGCCAUCUAGCACCUUUAAAGCAUGGUGUAGGUAGAGUCAGUGUGUAGGUGUGUCUCUGUCUUCAGUGUAUUGGGAGUGGGGUGUGUAUCAUUGCCUGCAUGGAUGGAUAUCAGAGUCCAGUAUCUCAUUCCUCAGAGCGUGUUAGCAGCUUUAUGCUAGAGCUAGCCCGCUGGCACUUUAAAAAUAAUAAUAACCAACGUUCAUUUACCCAUUUAUACAGAGACCAACACGUGACGAUGCUUUUUGUUGCAUUUUGUUGUUUUAUUCUAAAGGAAUUGCCCUGUAACCAAAGGACGGACUGUGAAACUGAAGAAGAAGGAAUGCUUAACAGCCUGGAUAUAGUACACAAAAUAAUAAGUGAUCAAUUUUUUUAUGGGAGUAAUUUUAGAAUAUUUUAGGGUUCUUUGAUGGGGAGGGAUUUUAUCUAAAGCAGUUUGUGUUGCACCUUACGUUUGUUGUUCGUCUCCAAGUGCUAAGCCAGUGUUUUUUUUUUUGCUUGUUUGUUUGUAUGUUUGUUUUUUUAUGAUGUAUAAUGAAUUAAGCAAUUUUGUUUUUAUAGGACACGUUUUAUGAAAUAUUUUUUGUUCCUUGACAGCUAGGAAAUUUUACCUAAAGCAGUUUUUCUGUUGCACCUUAUGUUGUUUGUCUGCAAGCGCAAAGCCACUCGUUUUUGUUUGUUUGAUUUUUUUAUUUUAUUUCCUUUUUUUUUUUCAUUUUGAAAUAUUUGUUGAUUCUUCACAUUUAGGAAUUUUGUCCACAGCAGAUAGACAUUUUUCGUCUGCAAUUUCUUAGCCAGUGUCAUUCUUUUUUGUUUGUUUAUUUGUUUUUGUUUGUUUUACAUGGCAUUUUAUGAUGUACACGAAAUAAGCGAUCAAUUUUUUUUAAAUAAUUUUUGUUCCUUGAAAUUUAGGGCUUUUAUCUGAAGUGUAUAUCUAAUUUUGUUUGUGUACAAGUGCUAAACCAGUGUUUUUUUGUUUGUUUGUUUGUUUGUUUUGUUUGUUUGUUUUGUUUGUUUGGUUUUUUUAAUAUUUUUUGUUCCUUGAAAGUUAGGAAUUUUUGUCCACAGCAGUUUUUGACAUAUUUUGUCUGCAAGCGCUUAGCUGUGUCCUACUUUUUGUUUGUUUUUCGUUUUUUUGUUUUGAUUUGUUUUACAUGGCUUUGUUUUGUGAUGUACACAAAAUAAGCGCAAUUUUUUAAUAUAUUUUUUGUUCCUUGAAAUUUUAGGAAUUCAUCUAGAAUUCUUGCAUAUAAUUUUUGCAUUUUUGUUUGAUUUUGUCUUGACUUAAGAGUUUACGUGUACAGUCCAGGACAUGUGGAAACCCGUCAGUGUGUUCUUAGUUCUGAUCUUCAUUCCGUUUUGCUGUUUUUGUACAAUCUGUGUGUGAGACGCUAUUGUCUCAUAGUUUUCGUUUUUUGGUGGUGUACGUCAAAAAUUAACGUUUUUUUUCUUUGUAUUUUAAGAAAGAGAAAAAAAAAAAUAACCAGCUUGCGGUCGGCGUCAUUUUCUUGUUCUUCUUCCGUCUCAGAAACUUAUGAAGGGACCUUCAUAUCGUUGAUAUUUGCCAUUCCAGUAUUUAUUUUUCAUAAUGAACUUUGUGGUUCAGAAUGUAACUUUAUACAUGAGAAUUCUAUUAGUUUGAUAUAAAUUUGUGUGACGUGUGUCCGACGUGCCGCGGGCCGAAAGGUUCGGCGUGCUGUCGCAGAUAUUGUGAAGAAAUCGCAUUAAUAAUGGUUGCUAGGUGUGACAUCAUGGACUGAAUUAGGGGAAAAAAUCGACACAUUCAUCGUACUAAGCUAUGCAUGUUUUUUAAAGGACACUGCGGCGUAUUUGUUCAGAUCCCUGUUUAUUAACCACCUUUUUGGGUGGACUGGUGCGCGUGUGAGUGUAAGUGUGUGUGAGUGUGAGUGGCUGAUGUACAGUUGUGUACUGUAGCUCCACUGGCUGCAGACAUAUGUACUUGUAUGUAUCUCUCUGUGAGUGUGUGAGUGUGUAAGUGUGUGUAAGCGUGUGUAUGCUGAGUGCAUAUGGUUCCUCGACCCCUUAAAUCUCACAGGAUGUGCUGUGGUCGUCACAGCUUGUCAUGACUGUGGUUUUUCCUGUUCAAUGUUUGCUAAAACAGCAUCAUAGCCUUAUUUUUAACAAUCUAUUAAACUCAAUUUCAUGGGGAA